AUGGUGAGACCCGGCCCCGGGGAGAGGGGAGAGGGAUCCGGCCCAGGGGAGAGGGGUCCGGCCCCGGGGAGAGGGGCCCGGCCCCGGGGAGAGGGUCCGGCCCCGGGGAGAGGGAUCCGGCCCAGGGGAGAGGGGAGAGGGAUCCGGCCCAGGGGACAGGGGAGAGGGAUCUGGCCCAGGGGAGAGGGGCCCGGCCCCGGGGAGAGGGGAGAGGGAUCCGGUCCAGGGGACAGGGGAGAGGGGCCCGGCCCCGGGGAGAGGGGCCCGGCCCCGGGGAGAGGGGCCCGGCCCCGGGGAGAGGGGCCCGGCCCCGGGGGGAGGGGCCCGGCCCCGGGGAGAGGGGCCCGGCCCCGGGGAGAGGGGCCCGGCCCCGGGGAGAGGGGCCCGGCCCCGGGGAGAGGGGCCCGGCCCCGGGGAGAGGGGCCCGGCCCCGGGGAGAGGGGCCCGGCCCCGGGGAGAGGGGCCCGGCCCCGGGGAGAGGGGCCCGGCCCCGGGGAGAGGGGCCCGGCCCCGGGGAGAGGGGCCCGGCCCCGGGGAGAGGGGCCCGGCCCCGGGGAGAGGGGCCCGGCCCCGGGGAGAGGGGCCCGGCCCCGGGGAGAGGGGCCCGGCCCCGGGGAGAGGGGCCCGGCCCCGGGGAGAGGGGCCCGGCCCCGGGGAGAGGGGCCCGGCCCCGGGGAGAGGGGCCCGGCCCCGGGGAGAGGGGCCCGGCCCCGGGGAGAGGGGCCCGGCCCCGGGGAGAGGGGCCCGGCCCCGGGGAGAGGGGCCCGGCCCCGGGGAGAGGGGCCCGGCCCCGGGGAGAGGGGCCCGGCCCCGGGGAGAGGGUCCGGCCCCGGGGAGAGGGAUUGA